AUAUCGGUGACUACCGGCGUCGCGCAGGGUGUCAGUGAGCAGAAGAAGCAGAAUGCUGAUGCCACCAACCAAACCCGAAUGCUCAAGUUUCACGUCGAUGUCUGGGUUGACUCCAAGCAACGCAAAGGCAAGGGCGCCGCGUUGCAUAACAACAUUGUAACGUUGUAUAACGACAAAGUGUGGAUAGAAGCACAAGAUAGGAAAACAGGAUGGCCAGAGAACGAUCUUCAUCAUCCUUUCACAGGCUUCUACAUAGCGUAUCCGGACGACAACCGACCAUUUACGCGUGGUCUCGUGAGCACCAUCUCCGUGGAUCCACCAAUGCUGAACUGGAUAUACAUUGACAAAGAUACGUACGAGCUGAAGUAUGCAAGCCGUAGUGGCAGUAUCCAGCAUCACGUAGGCAGCUUCGAUUGGACAAGCGAAGAUAAUGGCUCCAAAAUAACGUUUGAUGAGUUCGAAGGCUUCGUGGCCGUGGAAGAGGAGCCAGGCGGAGAGUGGGCUUUGUAUUUCGAUAUGGACGAUGAUGGGCUCAAGAGUAGGAGGAAGGGCAGGAAAGCCGUCGAGAUCAGUCUGGUAAGGAGAGUGAUUACUGGCCAGGAG